AUGGCAACAGGAGUUUUGCGAACAUUUCUUGACAUAGAUUUGGAUGAUGGUAAUGAAGAUUCAAUGCACAUGAGACCCAACAAUGAAGAGGUGAAGAGUUGUUGGGGAAGAAUUCCCCUUUUAAGUGGAUGGAUGAUUAGCAAGCUAGCUUUGAGAAGAUGUGUGUUGAUGCAAGACAAUAAGGUUAUGGCUUAUGCAUCGAGGCAGCUUAAACUGUAUGAGUGCAAUUAUUCAAUUCAUGACUUGGAACUGAUACGGGUUAGGGGUGUUACAGCCAAUGUUGUGGCAGAUUGGAGGGCCAUGUUUUGUAGAAUGAGUUUGUUUGAGGAUGGUGGCUUACUAGCAGAGUUGCAAGUGAGGCCAACUUUGGUCAGUGAGAUUAAGGAGAAACAACCUUUGGAUGUGUCCUUUUUGCCUCCGGUUAAGCAAGUUGAGGAAGUACAUAAUAGCCCUUACAUUAUGCAUCCCAGAGGAAAUAAGAUGUAUCGAGAUUUUAGGGAAUUGUACUGGUGGCUUGAUCUAAAGCGAGAGGAGCGAGUGACUAUGGACUUUGUUAGUGGCUUGCCCUUAACACAUACUAAGAAAGAUCCCAUUUGGGUGAUAGGGGACAGGUUGACUAAGUUGACUCACUUCUUACCGAAGGAACUGCAUGAGGCACUGGGUGCUAGACUGGAUUCAAUACGACUUUCCAUUCGUAGACAGAUAGAUAGUCAGAGCGGGUUGUUCAAGUUUUGGAGGACGUGUUAA